GCCAGUUCAGCAGUGAGCACACGCACAGCUUCAAGCUGCAGCAGGCGGUAUAGCUCGCUGCUGUCAGCUGGUCUGGUCACGUGUUGUGAGGUGGAAGGUCGCCUGUUCACAAUGGAGCUAUCGGAGGACCUACAAAGGGGCUUGCACCGUUUAGCCAACCCGGCCCAUUUUAGCCCCAAAUCUUUCACCGCUAUUCUCCGUGCGGCCUUCCUGAGCCUGGGUGAUGGUCAGGCCCCGGAGUCCGUGCUAGAUAAUGCAGACUUGCAGAACAUUGAUCCUGCACACAUUAAGCAUUGCUUUGCAGCUGUCAUAACUUGCAUUCUGGAAGCAGUUAAACACGAUGUGGACAGGACUGCACUGAGCACAUUCCUUGAAGACUGUAAAUUUGAUAAGGAAAGAACUGAACAAUUUUGGACAGAAUAUCAGAAAAACAAGGACUCUUUGCAGAUUCUUCUUGAAAGCAUAGGGAGAUGCCCCCCACAUAUUACUGAUGUUUCCUGGCGUCUUGAAUAUAAAUUAAAGACUAACCAACUCUAUAAACACAAUCGCCCAGGCUAUUUAGUGAAGCUAAAUCUAGAGAGUUUGGAUCCUAGACAGAACUCGGAUAUUAGUUUUAAUUGUUCUAUGGAACAGUUACAGGACCUGGUAGGGAAGCUUAAAGAUGCAGCAAAAAGCCUGGAGAGAACAAGUCAGAUAGACCCGUUUCACAAAGCAACAAUGCAUCGAACAACCAGGAUUAAAAUAACGGAGUUAAAUCCACAUUUAAUGUGUGUCAUCUGUGGUGGAUACUUCAUAGAUGCAACAACCAUCAUAGAGUGUCUACAUUCCUUUUGUAAAACCUGUAUUGUUCGUUAUUUGGAGACAAGCAAAUACUGUCCUAUUUGUGAUGUCCAAGUGCACAAAACCAGACCACUACUGAAUAUAAGAGCUGACAAAACUCUCCAGGACAUUGUGUAUAAACUGGUACCAGGAUUAUUCAAAAAUGAGAUGAAAAGAAGACGAGAUUUUUAUGCAGCUCAUCCUUCUCCUGAUGCAGCAAAUGGUUCCAAUGAAGACAGAGGAGAAGUUGCAGAUGAAGAUAAGCGAAUAAUUACAGAUGAUGAAAUCAUAAGCCUUUCUAUCGAAUUCUUUGAUCAGAAUAGGGUAGAUCGUAAGGGAAACAAAGACAAGGAUAAAUCAAAAGAGGAUGCUAAUGAUAAGAGAUAUCUGCGGUGCCCAGCUGCUAUGACAGUGAUGCAUUUGAGAAAGUUCCUGCGGAGUAAAAUGGAUAUACCUACCACCUUUCAGAUUGAUGUAAUGUACGAAGAAGAACCUCUUAAAGACUAUUAUACAUUAAUGGACAUUGCCUACAUUUACACCUGGAGGAGGAACGGCCCUCUACCUCUUAAGUAUCGUGUCAGGCCCACUUGUAAAAGAAUGAAGUUAAGCCACUCGGGAGAUGGGAUAAAUAACACUAGUGGGGACCUGGAAAGUGACUCUUGCAGUGAGAAAGCAGGAAGCCCAGCAGGGGGUAUGCCUUCCACAUCCUCGUGUAUGCCCAGCCCCAAUACGCCCGUGCAAUCCCCACACCCGCAGUUUCCUCACAUCUCCAGCACCAUCAAUGGAACCAGUUGUAACCCCAGCAGUAACCACCAGAGUCCUUUUAACAACAGAGUGAGGAAGAUGUCCGUAAACGGUUCUUCUGCCACUUCAUCUGGAUGAAAACCAACGGGGGCAUACAGGUUUAGAUGGACAAAACACCCAGAUUUCUAGAUUUUGUCAUGCCAUUACAGCUUUAUAGAUGUAAAUACGUGUGACUUUUGUCCAAACUCGCUUACUUUUUGUAAUGGAUUCUGAGCAUGGCUAUCGAAUGACUUAGGGUGGUUAAUUAAUGGACAUCCAAUGGAUUGGAAGACUUUGUGAAGAAUAUCUUUCCUUUUGAGGAAUAUAAAUCUGGAUUAUGGGAGAAACGCUGGAUAUUCGUUGCUCUGUAGUUGUUUAAAACCAAUUGGAUGUAUCAUAACUUUGAGAAAAACUGGUCUACCACAACCUCUGAUGAUGUUAUAAAGCUCAAUUAAGGACUUUUUAAAGCUCUUUCAUUGUCUCAGAUAGAAGUGCUUUAUCAUUUUGAAAUCCAACAGAAAGGAGAUAUACAUAGAGUCCUCUCUAUGUAGCCAUUUCACUGUGAAUAGCGAUUUUCUUACAUGUUAGCCAUGUUGAUUCUUAUUUCUUUAUCUGACAUUGUUUUAAUCCGUUGGUCACACAAGAGGGUUUCAAAACAUUGUUUUGCAAUGGGUUGCUCCCCUCUCUGGCACCACAUGGGUUAACAUGUUGCUGUACAGAAUCGAUCAAAAGAAAGUAAAUAUUUCAGUUUUAUAACUUCUAUGCCUAAAAGCGGGUAUUUACCGUUUAUUUUACUCAUUUAAAUGAUUCGCUUUUGUAAGAAUCAGGUGGCAUUAAGCUUAUCUAUAGUGCCAUAUUGGUAUAUGACAUAAAGGAGACAGUAUUGUAUGAUAUAUUUAUAAAUACUAUAAAGGAAAUGUUGUGUUUCAUGAAUUCAAAUAUGAUUGUUAAAUUUGCAAAACAUAUCCAGUUCUACCUUUUGGCAAAUAGCACACGUCUUAGCACCCCAUUGACUGCUGGAAAUAUUUUAACAAAUGUAUUAGCUUAUAUUUAGAUGGGGGUUAACUUCACCUCUUUGCUGUCAGCAGUUUGUUAGAUUGUGUGUAGGUUUCCAAGCAAUAAUGGUACUUACAAUUUGAUUUUUAAUAUGGUUUAAUACAGUGUAAUAUAACCCGUUGACAAUGGGGAUGGUGGGUACAUUUGAUAAAACGGAAUUCAUCAUGUUUAACUAAAGCCAUUGUUAGUUGGGUCUGGCUGUUCCUCUACAUUUAUUCAUAGAAAUGUCUUAGGUACUUAAUUAUGUUGCAUUUGGCCCUUUAGUAAUUUUGAAUCUGUAAAUUAUUCGCUCAUUUUCUAAGCAGUUCCGGUUUGAGUUGUGCUUUUCUCAAGACAAAAGUGUUCCUUUUCAACACACGUUUGUGAUAUGGUUAUUCUGUAAGAAUAUUGUUUUAUGUUUGUAAGAAAUCGAGGCUAAUCAAUACAUUGUCUCCAAGCUACAAAAAGAAGCACAAAUCUAUUGCUUUGUCUUGCUUAUAGUAAUUAAAUCAUUACUUUUGCAUAUAAA